AUGCUAGAGAUCAAUGGCCUGGCACAUUUACUCUCUCUCACCAGGGAACAUCCCAUUGUUGUGGUUGCCUUUUACGCAGACUGGUGUGGGCCGUGCCAGCAGGUCAAACCACACUACGCGGCGCUGGGCGAAAGGUAUAAAACAUUUGUGAAAUUUUGCAGGUGUAACAUCGACCGUAACCGCGACUGUGUGGAGAGGUUUGGUGUGCGUAGCGUCCCCAGGUUUAUGGUUUGGUUUGCUGGUGAGUGGCACACGGCUGGCUCUGGCGCGCAGUUUGGGGAUUUGCAAAGACACAUUGAUCAAGCAAUUUCUGCGCACCGUGCGUCAUCGUCGUCAUCAUUAUCAUCGGGACCAUCACACAGUGAUGGCACGUUGGGUAAUGUGCAUCAGGUUUUUGCAAGGCAGAUGCAAACCUUGGCAAAAGCUGUUGAUUCCGCGCAGGGCGUCACUGCUGAGAUGAAGGAGGCAUGUGAAGCUGUUUGCGUUACACUUGAACGGGACAGUGAGAGGCAGCCACUUGGUGCCAUCAUGCUGCCAUAUUUUGCUUCAAAUGCAUUUAAUGCGGCUGCAGUUGAUAGUCUUUUUGCAUACAUUUCCACAAGACCUGAACCGCGCGGCAGUGAUUGUGUGUAUAUUGUCAAUGGGGCUUUAAGCACUCUUAUUGAGUUCUUUCUUUCUGCCACCCUGGACAACACAGCAGGGUUGAAUGUGCUGCGACAGGCGCUCUACGCUCUUGUGUCCUGCACCUCGACCCUGGAAAUUAUUGUGCGCUCGCAUUUAUUUUGCAACGAUUUGUUGUCUACUGGCUUACAACUGGAAUAUGGCACGGUAUUAGGUGCGCUGUUGGGCGUCUCCACUCAGAGUCGCAGCAAUCGCGUAUUUCCUCCGUAUUUGAUGUCUGCGCGGUGGGUUCAGUUGAUGGAAAUGUUCCCCAAAGGGACUGAAGAUCAUUCUAGUAAGAUAUCCGAAUUACAGUUUUGUAUGCAGACAUCCUGUGCCGGGAACAAACGUAUUAUUUUGGCGCUUUUGCAAUCUAAGAUCUCGCGUGAACCAACGCUUCGCUUUUUUGGUACCGCACUACGUCUUAACGCGGGAUAUACCAAAACGGUGCACCACGAUUUGCCGUUAUCCUCACGAUAUUUUAUGUCUCAGAUGAACGAUGUGCUUUUGGAGGCUGCACUUCCGUUAUUCGGAACCGCCUACGACCCCUCCACCAUUCCUUCUUACUAUGUUCUUGAGGACAAUGCGGAGAACACGGUGGUGGAUUUUGGCGAUGACGUGGAACGUAUCGUGCACUACGAUGAGGACCAUCCUCUCCCUUUAUUCCCUGCAAUGAGUGGACCGUUUAAACCUUCGGUGCACCUCUUUUUUCUCGUUGCUCGCUCGAUCAUGUUGAGCGCAGCAGUGAUGAUUGGGAUUCAUGAGCGGGUGGGACGCGAUGUGACGCAUCCGCAGGUGUCGCCGGAGCAACGUGCAGCGUAUGUGGCGGAAAAGUCACUCAUUGAGGGUUUACUUGGCUCCGAGAGUCUCGGGCGAAAACGUGUGCAGGUUCUCAACGGUAUUGCAGCCUGGCUUGUGAAACUCAUGAACGCCUCACCUGACGGUGUUCUUUCAAAGGAACCACCAGAGGAAUGGAAAUAUUUGCCCCAGCAGCUGGUGGACGUGGUAAUUAUGGGCGUAGAGAUGGCGCCACUGGAAUACUUUGAUCUUGAACACAUUAUUUCCUUGAUGCUGGUCCUGAUGGGCAAUACGACCUAUUUCCCCAAGCCACACACCCACGCACUCUUUCCAACGUUUCUUACCCGGUUAUUGCAGAACGAGGAUACAAAACGAGCUCUGACCUCGCAUCCAUGGUUUACACAACACAUUGUGCGAAGCUGUGUCCUGUGUUACAUUGCUGUGGAGAAGUCAACGUACGAAAAAGUUUCCGUACGUUACAUGCUUUCCUACUGUACAAAGUCGUUUCUCACAUUUGAAUCGUUGUGUCAACCAAUCCGUGAGGAGUUUGAGGCUGAUGGCACCAUCCUGGAACGUUUUUCACACAUGGUGACGGCCGAUGUGAAUGAGGCCGUUGAUCAACUCAUUGAAACUCUCACACAGAUGAAUCGACUUGUGAAGGAGGGGGCUGAUUUGAGUGAGAAUGCCCGUGCGCUUCGAACUACCGACGGGGAAAAUGAUGGCAUGGACAAUGCGCAGACAGGACAAGUCAGAAGAGCGUGGAAUCGCAAUAGUAAUAAUAAUAAUCCGGGUGCAGUUGCAAACGAGGAGGAGGACGAUGCGGAUGGGGAUGAGGCACCACUGACGUACCAUCAACUGGGCUUAGGGCUCCGGCAACACAUACUUCUUUUUGAAGCAAGCAUGAAUUUAUUCAUUCAACUUGCCAUCAGUUUCUCAAAGGGUGUGGCACAGAACAUGGUGGCGCAGCAGAUUAGUCAGAUGUUGGCCCGCAGUCUCGUUAGCUUUGCCGGUGCUGAAAAUAGAAACUUAAAGAUUGAGUAUUCCGAACGCUAUAAUUUUCGUCCUCGUGAAAUUCUUACCCGUCUGGUAGAUUGCUUGGUACAAUUUCGACGUUUUAAGAACUUUAUGCGGUCUCUUUGUAACUGUGGUGUUCCACUUAAUGAUAUCCUCCAGUCGAUUGACAUGGUGACGGAGCGUGGCCUGGUGGGCGAACACCUCAUCUGGAAGCUGAAGGAAAUUGCCGCGACACUUACGGCCAUUUCACAAGAAGUUUACGAGGAUGAGGCGAUGUGGGAUGAGGCACCGGACUUUGCUAUGGAUGCGUUGCUCUUGACGCCGCUGAUCCGUCCAGUGGCGCUUCCAGCCGAUGUGAAGGACUUGAACGACCUGGUUUACGUGAACGAGGACACAAUUCAUCAUGUCCUCCUCUCUGAGAACAAGCAUCCUUUUACUAAGGAAUACCUGGAUGAGAGCAUGGUAGUGGAGUUUAACGCACGGGCAGAUGUCACAGAGGCACGACAGAAGCUGGAAGCUCGCAUUGCAGCUUGGAUAAAGGAAACGAAGGAGAAGCAAUAA